AUUUACCUUCGUUGCCUUAAAAUAGUCGACAUGCUCGUUUAAAUGUUACCUAAGAUCAAACAAUAUUUAAAAAGACUACAAGAUAUUGAAGAAAAAUUAAAGCCGGGUGAUAAAAAGUUUCGCAGAUGUUUGAUUGAACACUAUGGUGUCACUGCAAACAACACGUUCGAAAAAAUAAAAAAUUUAGUAUUCAAAUUAAAGAUAGCAGAGGCGCCAUUAGAAUUAGAAACAAUUACUAAAUUUGCAAAUAUCAGCUACAACAACAUUAAUUCGUACAUAAAGUUUCAAUUACAAAAUAAAGUCCAAUUUAAAUUUAAAACACUUGUUAAGAUUAGCAUUGCAUUACGCCGUUGGAAAAGGAAAACCAUGGAGGAUUUUGAUAUAAAAACCGCAGCAACAUUAGUACAAUUAUAUGACGGAAAUGCGGACAGCUUAGAAAAUUUUCUGGGUUCAGCAAAUUUAUUAAGGAAGCUUUUUCCGAAAGACACGAAGCAGAUACUAGUAGAGUUCCUCAAAACACGAUUAACAGGUAAAGCUCAACUAGGGUUAGCACCAAACAUAACUGAUUUUGAAACCCUUAUACAGGAUGUAAAAUCACGAUGCCAAGAAAAAAUAAACCCCGACAAGGUUAUAGCAGAAUUAAAAUCGAUAUGCCAUACAGACACGAAGACCCUAUGUGACGAAGUGGAGAUACUAUGUACAAAAUUAAAAGUGAUGUAUCUCAAACAAAACAUACCGGAGCAAGUGGCUAACGACAUGGCAGUCAAGCGAGGAAUAGAAACACUUAUUGACAAGGUCAAACUCACUGAAACAAGGAUUAUAUUACAAGCAGGGCAGUACACCUCUAUAUCAGAUGCAACAGAAAAGGCACUAGAAAGCGAAAGAAUGCACAAUUCAGCUCAACAAGUGUUCGCAUUUAGAAAAAACUUUAGUGCUCCCAAUCGCUCCUUUGACAAUAGAUAUUCAAAUCAGUACACACGUAAUACGUACAACAGGUCACAAAAUAGAGGAAAUUUUACUUCAAAUUGGCAAACAAAUAAUCGGCAUCAACAUAAUAAUUUUCACAACACCAAUAACCGACGAUUUUUCAGAAAUACCAACAGAAACAAUAACAGGAUUUACACUACACAAGCCACAGAACAAGAACAUUUUUUAGAAGAAAACCCGCAGCAUACCGAUUACCAAUCUUAGCCAUAAAUCUAAAUGCCAAUAACCUUAUCAAAGUAAGAGUAGAAAUGUCAACAGAAGAAUACAGUCACCUAAUCAUAGACACCGGAGCAGAUGUUUCUUUGUUUAAAAUAAAUAAAAUCAAGUCCAACCAACACAUAUCUGCGCAAAACAAAAUUAAUCUGACAGGUAUAACUACUCAUACAAUAGAUACUUUAGCCACUACUUUUACAACAAUACAUUUCGGAGAGACGUCUGUCAAACACCAAUUCCACCUGAUACCAAAAGAAUUAGAUAUUGGGGCAGAUGGCAUUUUGGGCAGAGAUUUUUUUGCAAACUAUAGAUGUGUAAUUGAUUAUGAGCAUUGGCUACUCAAUUUUACUCACAAUGGCAUGGCCGUCUGCCAACCCAUAGAAGAUAAAUCCAAUGAUGGUUUCAUAUUACCCACGCGAAGUGAAGUGAUACGAAAAGUAAAACUGCCAAACAUCGACGAAGAUUCUAUUGUGUUUGCAGAAGAAAUAAGGCCAGGAUUAUUUUGUGGCAAUUCAAUCAUAUCGAAGGAAAACCAAUACGUAAAAUUUAUAAACACAACUGAGAAAAACAUUUUCAUCAACCAUAAGUCCUUCAGACCCCAAGUCGAUCAAGUGAAAAAUUAUAAUGUUACAAAACCCUCUGGUAACAAGGAAAUAACCAGAUUUGAUAGUAUAAUAAAUAGCAUAAAUAUGAAAAAUGUCCCACAAUACAUAGAAAGUGGCUUAAAGAACCUCCUAGCAAAAUAUACAGACCUGUUCUGCGUAAAUGAAGAUAAAAUUUCCAUUAAUAAUUUUUACAAACAAUCGAUACAGCUAAAAGACAACAUACCGUGUUUCGUUCCGAAUUAUAAACAAAUUCAUUCCCAAUCAGAUGAAAUAAAACAACGAGUCGAUAAAAUGUUAAAAAAUGAUAUUAUCGAGCAUUCAGUAUCAUCCUAUAAUUCCCCAAUAUUGUUAGUUCCGAAAAAAUCAGAGACAGAGAAAAAAUGGAGACUUGUCGUAGAUUACCGGCAAUUAAAUAAAAAAAUAAUGCCAGAUAAAUUUCCAUUGCCCAGGAUCGAUGAAAUAUUAGAUCAACUCGGUAGGGCAAAAUAUUUCACAACACUAGAUCUCAUGUCAGGUUUCCACCAAAUACCUUUGGAUAAAGAAUCGCGGAAGUAUACUGCGUUUUCCACCGCUACAGGCCACUAUCAAUUCAAAAGGUUACCCUUUGGACUAAACGUGAGCCCAAAUAGUUUUCAGCGCAUGAUUACAAUAGCAAUGGCUGGGUUAACCCCUGAGAGCGCGUUCGUUUACAUCGAUGAUAUAAUCAUAACAGGUUGCACUACUAAGCACCACCUUGAUAAUUUAAAGAAAGUUUUUGAUAGACUACGGCAUUAUAAUCUUAAAUUAAAUCCUCAAAAAUGUAAAUUCUUCCAAACCGAAGUUACUUACCUUGGGCACAAAAUUACAGACAAGGGAAUAUAUCCUGACGAAUCCAAAUUUGAAGCAAUUAAAAAUUACCCCAAACCAGUUAACUCAGACGAAGUUAGAAGAUUUGUUGCUUUUUGCAAUUACUACCGUAAAUUCAUUCGUAACUUUGCGGAAAUCGCGAAACCUUUAAACGAAUUGUUAAAAAAGGGAAAAAUAUUCAAUUGGUCGUCCGAAUGUCAACAAGCUUUUGAUACCCUUCGCAACAACCUUCUAUCACCUAUGGUCCUCAAAUAUCCUGAUUUUACAAAAGAAUUCAUUAUCACUACUGAUGCGUCGGACACGGCAUGUGGGGCCAUACUAUCGCAAAUAUGCGAAGGAAAUGACCAUCCUGUGGCAUUUGCUUCUAAGAGCUUUACCAAGGGUGAGAAAAACAAGCCAACCAUAGAAAAGGAAUUGACAGCUAUACAUUGGGCUAUCAAUUAUUUCAAACCUUAUGUCUAUGGUCGAAAAUUUAAAAUUCGUACCGACCAUAGACCCCUAGUUUUUCUGUUCAACAUGAAAAAUCCGACCUCCAAACUAACACGAAUGAGAUUGGACCUUGAGGAGUUUGAAUUUGAAGUAGAAUUCGUAGCCGGUAAAACUAACGUUGGGGCUGACGCACUCUCAAGAAUAGUAACAACCUCUGAUCGUUUGAAAUCAUUGCAAGAAUGCACUAAUGAGGCCAACAACAAUCAAGCUUUAGUAGUAAAGACUAGGGCAAUGACUAGAGCUAAUAGAGAAGAAACAAAUCCUGUAACACAAAACGACACAAACGAGAAGAUAGGCAAACCAGCAUUUUGGAACACAGAGAACCCAUCAGAGGUUAAUAAAUUAUUAAAAAUUCAGUCAAAAAUAAAUAAAGAUUCAAUUAAAAUAACACUUUUUAACAACAACUACAACAAGGAACUAGAAAGUACAAUAAUCAGAUUAAACCAGAAUGGAAGUCAGGCAUUCGAGGCUGCUCUUCUAAGAUUAUGUACUUAUGCAAAAAAGCUUAAUAGAGACAAAUUAGCUAUCUCCAUGGAAGACGAAAUUUUUACUCAAUACUCGCCUCAAACCAUUAAGGAAAUCGUAGAUAGAACCAUUUUCGGUUGCGAGAUUAUUGGAUUUGUACCACCUAAGUGGAUAACAGCAAGAAAAGAAAUAGAAGAAAUUCUACACAAUUAUCACAUGCUACCUUCGGGAGGACAUGUUGGGCAAUAUCGCCUCUAUCUAAAAAUAAGAGACAAAUAUAAAUGGAAAAACAUGAAAGAAGAUAUAAAAGGCUUCGUUAAAAACUGCGAAAUGUGUAAGAUAAACAAAAUAACACGACACACAAUAGAGAAGCCAGUAGUAACAACGACACCCUUAAGGCCGUUCGAAAUAAUUUCAAUAGAUACAGUGGGCCCUCUUCCAAAAACAGCCAAGCACAACAGGUACGCUGUUACUGUACAAUGUGACCUCACAAAAUAUGUAAUCUUGAUACCAACAGGAAAUAAAGAGGCCAACACAAUAGCAAGAGCUCUCAUAGAGAAUGUCAUUUUAACAUACGGUAAAUUUGCAGAAAUGCGGUCGGAUCAAGGUCUAGAAUACAACAACGAAGUGUUGAAAAAAGUAGCAGAAGCACUGGGGAUCAAACAGACGUUUGCGACUGCUUAUCACCCACAAACAAUAGGCGCUUUAGAACGGAACCAUAGAACUUUAAACGAAUAUUUGAGAGCAUUUACCAACGAGCAUGGCGAUGAUUGGGAUAACUGGGUCAAAUUCUAUGAGUUUACUUACAACACCACAGCACAUACAGAUACUGGCUAUACGCCAUUUGAACUAUUAUUUGGGAGAAAAGCAAAUCUCCCACAAGACAUGGUGACAGGCAAAAUAGAACCUGUGUAUAAUCACGAACUUUAUUACAAUGAAUUAAAGUACAAACUACAGAAAUCAAACGAAGUAGCGCGAAAGAAAUUAAUUGAGCAAAAAGAAAAAAGACACAUCGCUCCAAACUGCAGCAUCAACCCGCUAAUAAUUGAACCAGGAGAUGAGGUGUACUUAAAGAACGAAAACAGGAGAAAACUAGAUCCUUUAUAUUUAGGUCCAUAUAUUGUUUCUAAAAUACAAAACCCAAAUUGUACAAUCGUGAGCAAAUACAGCAAAAAGGAAAGUACUGUACAUAAAAAUAGGUUAGUCAAACGAUGAAAAUCUAUGCUAUACGAUUUUCAUUUCUAAAGGGGGGAGGUGUGGCGCAUACACAUAGGCGUAAUGAAUAUAAUUAUAGUAAGCUAUAUAGCAGAAAUUAUAGUAAGCUAUCUUUAUAGGAAUAGUUGUGAUUGGUAGAAGCGUGUUAGUAUAGGUUAGAAUAGGAUAGCUAAUACGAAAAGAUAAGGAUAGAAUAGGUAGCAUAGGAAAUUAGGCAUAAGACGGAAUUAAGGAUACAUAGGAAGUAAAUGAAUUAAGCUAGGAUUAGAUAGGGAAAUUUUAGUAUAAAUAGCGGGAUAGGAUUUAGGAUAGGCAGAUAAAAGUUAGACUUCAUAAGGGGAAACUCUGUCCAAUUAUAGAGAAAAUUAUAGAGAGUAUAAAUAAAAGUUACAGUUCCAACAAAA